CUCUGUGAUCGAGACUGGUGUCGUUUCCAGUUCUGUGCCGCGCUGAAAUCCCGAAUUAUUUACGUGCCGGGCAUGUGUGCAAUGUUUACAAAACCGCGUGCUUACAAAACUUGAAUUUGGAUUACGCUUUGGAUUACCUUACGGACACAGGCCUCGAUGAAUAUGCUCAGGUGCCUGGCCUGGUGGCUGCUGUUGGCGGGGGCGGCGGUGCUGGCCGACAGCCCCGAGUGGCGCUGCCCGGAAGUGACGUCAUCCUGCUCGUGCGACAUCCCGCACACCCUCCGCUGCUCCGGGAACGGGACCGAGACGUUCAGCACGAUCGCGGGGGCCCUGCGGAGCCUCCCUCCGUCGGCGGCCGUGUCCCUGCUCGACGUCACCGUCCAGAACGUCUUCCGGCUCACGGGGCCCCUCUUCGAGGGCGUGUCCCUCCACGGGCUCGUCGUCUCCUCCGGGGACAUCGCGCAGGUGGACGAGUUGGCCUUCUUCGGCCUCGCCAGUCCCCUCCAGGCCCUCGGGCUCCCGAGUAACGCCCUCGAGAGGGUCCCCACCGAGGCCCUCAGUCUCCUCGCAGGGCUCGAGAGGCUGGAUCUGUCGCAUAAUAGGAUCAAGAGGCUCGAAAAUUCAUCAUUUGAGGGCCUCCCGAACCUGACAUUCCUGGACCUGAGCGACAACCUGGUAACGUGGAUCUCGCCCAACGCCUUCUCGAGCCUGCUGGAGCUCCAGGUGCUGCGUCUCCAGGGCAACCGGCUGCGGAUCGGCCCGGUGGCGGCCCUGCAGGGUCUCCACCUCCUCCAGGAGCUGGACCUGAGCAGCAACAUCCUGGCCGGGGCCCUGGGGCCCACAGCCCUCCCGCGGCUCGCCAAGCUGCGGACCCUCAACCUGAGCCACAACCAACUGGGCAGCGUCCGCCGCGGGGCCCUCGCCGGCAUGGACAACCUCACCUCCCUGGCCGUCCACCAUAACCAGAUCGACGUCCUCGAGGACCACGCCUUUCGCGCCGCUGGGACCCUCGUCGAGCUCAACCUGAGUCACAAUAGGAUCAUCGCCAUCUCGGGGGCCUCCCUCGCUCAUCUUAGCAAGUUGCAGGUGCUGGACCUAAGCCAUAACUUUCUGCGCGCUCUUACCACUGAUCUAGUCACGCCGCUGAAGAGGCUCCGCGAGUUGCAUCUAGAUGACAACGAUAUUUCCAUCGUUGCCAAACAUGUCCUCGAUUCAACCAAUCUCCGAAGGCUCACUCUAGCAGACAAUCCACUGAACUGCGACUGCAGCCUAUUGGACUUCGCCCACUGGCUGGCCAACUCAUCCCUCCCGGCGCCGGACCGCGCAAGCGCCGUCUGCACAACCCCGCCCUCCCUCGAAAACGGCCCCCUCCAGGAAGUCCCGCCCUCGAAGCUCAUCUGCGGCGCCCUGGAGGACUCCAACGAGCCCCCACCUCCGCCUCCGCCCCCGGCGCCCUCCAAGGUCCGCCUCCACGGCCUCCAGUACGACGGCCAAUGGCUCUCCCUCCUCUGGGCCGUCGACUCGCCCACCGUCUACUCCUGCGACAGCCUCCUCGUCUACGAACACGAGGCCCUCCUCCACUCGCAGCCGCUCCACUGCAACUCCACGCUGGUCCCCGACUCCAAGCGCCUCCUCGUGUCCCUCCCAGGGGGCGUGCUCCACACGGGGCGGAGCUACAAGUUCUGCAUCACCCUCCAGGAGGCGGAGACCCGCGCUCUCGUCCUCGGCUGCAGCGAUAUCAUCAGCCUCGUCAUCACGACCCAGCAUAUCAACACCCAACCCUUCAUCAACACCCUGGAGACGAACCUCACGUCUUCGGGUGCCAUCAGCGUGGCGGUCGAAUUGUCGUCGACGACUUCGGAGGCGUGUUCGGUGGGCGUGGUCGUCUCGGCGCGGGGCGUGGCCGUGUCCAGGAGGAACCUCACGUGCUCCGCCCCCUGGGCCACGUUCCGCGGGCUACCGCGCGGGCCCUACGAGGUGUGCGCCACGCUGAGGCAGGGCUCCGCCCCCCACGUCAGGUGCGUGACGGUCCUCGACCGCGCCCAAGCCACGCUCAGCGUGGUGUACUCUUUGAGCUUCUUCGUGUUCAGUAUGAUUUUGUUGUUGGUCGUGUACCACCUGAUGAGGCGGUUGUUCCAGCGGGCUAAGCCGGCCCAGCACCAGUGUUUCCUGCCCCUCCCUCAACCGGAAAUCGAUCACUCCAGGUAUAUUAAGCUACAUGCGACUACUGUAUUGUAGUGGAAGAAACCAGGGCUGUUCGAUUGAGUUUUCGGUCCAUCGUGGCGUGACGUCACGUGGAUCUGUAUACUGGCAGCCCUAGAAUAUAGAUCUGCGCCGUGCAUAGAAGGAACGUCGUAUGAGCCUUUAGACGUUGCCAAAUUUCUCUGGAUAAAUCACGAAUUUUCUAAAAAUUGGAAAUUAUUUUUCAUGUAAUUUUUCAGCAAAUUUUACUCGCACUUUGAUCUGGAGUAAAAGAAAAUUUCAAGUAAAAAUAUUCAUAUUUCUCCUCAAAAAUAAAAAAAAAAUAAAAAAAUACCUUAACAGGGAAAAUUAGAAAACAUUUAAAUGUUCAUACGGCGUUUACGGUUCCUUAGCACGGCAGAUGAAUGUUUAGAGAGAACAUUCCCAGGGGAGAAGUUUGCCCUCUCUUUCAUUGAUCAGUGAACUUUAUGCUUUUAUACCAGUCCUUCUGCUCUUAGUUUUCAAUCAAAGUAAAAAAAGGAGAUGGUGACAUAGUUUUUGAUGUAAUAAGGAUUUACUGAUUUCCAAAUUUUGAUUCAAGUUCUGAAAUCUGAUCUCAAAUGAAGUUCUGACAAACUUAAUUUGAUUUUUUGUCGAGAAUUACAAUAGUUAAAUGAGAAGCAUUCAAUUCUAAUCCUCCCGCGAUAAUGCAAAUUCUUCUUCAUUGAAUUUUUUUAAAAAUUCGUUCUCAAAAGCCCACAAAAAGUCUCAAACGGAUGAACCAAUCAAAAAGCGGCAAAAACAUGUUUAAAAUUUUUUUCCGGACCAAGUUUUAGAGGAAGGAAUAGAAAAUAAUGCUUUCUGAGAUGGGCGUAAUUGUAUUUCAUAAUUUGUGCCAACAAAAUGCCUCGAAUUGUGUUUAGAAAUGGUUCAAAUUUGAAUAUUUUUUCGCGAAAAAUUUCAAAUUUCAAAUGUUUUUAGACCAAUUACCCUCAUACGAGGAAAGUUACUUUAGGAAAUCUCAACUCCCAGGAGAGGUGCGCACUUGUUUUGUCGGUGGCAAUUCUAACCUGAUCUCCUGUAAAUCGUCCAUAUUGGAUGAAUUGCGAUUCCCAAAAUCGGUGGCACCAAUGAUUCUUUAGUACGUCUCAUAAAAAUUCCGGCUGAAAUUAGGGCACCUCAUAUUCUUCAGCUGAGCAAGAGAGAGCCAGUUACCCACCGCCUUUACCAAAAAUUUACAGGUUACAUGGACGACUUAAACCAGAAUUUGACUGCAUUUUGCAAUGAGGAACUACAAUUUCUGGCUCAGACCAGAAACAACGUAUGCACCAUUAGUGAUAUGUGCAAAUAAGUGAUUUUACAGAUGAGCCAGAAAAUUUAGUUCCUAAUAGCAAAAUGAUGGCCAGUUAACCAAUGGAUACAUCCUGUUUUUUUAUUUUUAUUUUUUACUGAUGAACUAAGCUAUCUACCGUGUUCUCGUAAAUACAUUUUUUUAAAUCACGGCAACGUCGCAAAAGUUUUGAAAGUGCCAUGUUGUUUAGUUUUCAGUCAGGCUGAGGGCUGACUCAGAUUAAUCCGUCUAUAAAAUCUUUGAGCCAGUUUCCUGACUGGAAAUUGGACUUAUUUUGAAAUUCGGAACUACAAUUUCUGGCUCAUUCGUAAAAACACUUACGUCCAUAGGGAAACUAAUGGUACAUACGUUGUUUCUGAACCAAGCUAGAAAUUCUAGUUCCAUAUUGCAAACUGGUGUCCAGUGGAAAGGAUACCUGUUUUGUUCGUCUCCUCCAUGUCACAUAUGCGAUUUCUUCAAAGUUGAUCGGAAUCCUAAGACGAAACGACUCUCAACGGAGCGUUGAAAUGAUGAUUAUCAAAACGUAAUUACAAUCCGCUCCUCUAAACUUCGAUUUUGAAUUUUGUUUAAGGUUAAGAUAACCAGAAUAUCAUAAGCUCCAAGUGUAGUGAUGAUCGGUUGUUCUUCGCGUAUUAUCUAGUCAUUAAUUUUUCUUCCUGUUUUUUCAAUAAUUUUUUUUUUUUGCAUUUCUUUAUAGGAGGUAAAAAAUCACUGUCAUAAAAAUGUUCGAUGCCGACCAAGUGCGAUGCAAUAGCGAUUGUACAGUUGGCAACAUUGUUUUUGCUCCCUUUAAAUGCAUUAAAAAUAUCGAUUUUAGGUGAGGCAUGCUGCUUCAUCAAGAAUCGAUAGUUUUCCAUACAUUUAAAUGGAGGUAAAACAGCAUUGCCAACUUGAAAGAAUCGCUACUGGCGCGAUUGAUUCAUUUUUUGUUCAAUUUUAUUUCGACUGAGCUACCUUAACCUCACAUCUAUUGAUGACAUGUUUGAAUGUUCAAACGUUGCAAUUAGGAACAUAUAUUGCUAGGUCACUCACAAAAGUACCUAUCUGAGUAUCGAUAAAAUAAUGGCGCGUACACGUCGGAUAAGAAUAAUUUUUUGGUGUCGGCAUCAAAAAUUCUCGACUUUUGACAGUAAUGAUUUACUCCUCCUCUGAUCUCUUCGAUAAAAAAAAGUUAGAUGCUCUACAGCAAAAGUUUGUUUCUUCUUACCCAUGUUUUUCUUUUUUUCUUCCGGACUCCAUUUUUUUAUCUCUAUCAUAGAGAAAUCUUGAUCAAAAUUGCAAGCCACCCUUCGAAUCUACCCUGCUUUGUAUAAUGUAUUGUAUAAGUCAGCGAUCUGAUCAUUGAAAUUGAUAGACAAAGCGAUAGACAAAGUAGAGUACCUGUAUAGGGAGAGUAGCGACAGAUCUGAAACUCCGAAAGUCCAUCAGGCCUUCACCGAUGCCUCCGCGAAUAA